UCAGGAAAUGGACUGUUUCUUUUAGUAGAUGUAAGUCAUGAGCAGAAGGCAAAUCGGUUUUAUACCACAGUCAUAUGCGCAACGUAUUUUGAUCAGAAGCUGUAGACUGAGAACGGAGGUAAACGGAAAGCCACUGUGGGAAGGUGCAGCCACUAUACACCACCUGAAACAAGGUUUAUUACAACCUGAGAGUCUUAGCACAAGAAACAAGAACAACCUGGAUACUCCACAAUGUGUGAGGUGUUAAUUGUUUAUGCCAGCGAGGCCAUCGAAUGGGCCGAGUAUCUACUGCAAAUCUUGGCGGCAUCGGGUAACUUUCUGGAGGGCUCUGUCAUUCUGUGUGAUGUAAAUGAACAGAUUUGGAUGAAAAACCAUGAGCUGGUUGGCUCCAGCAAGUGCAUCAUGCUUUUGCUGUCUGCUGCGUUGCUGGACAUGCAGCAUGACCCAGAAGUGCAGGACACUUUCCGGGAUCUUCUUCAGCCUCCAUGCAAAAUUGUUGCCUUUUUGUGUGGUAUAUCAGAAUGGCAAGUGUCAACGGACUAUUUUGAACACUGGGAGCAUUGGAGAAAGCUCAAUUCAGAAGACGAACCAUCAGUAUAUGUGUCUACAGUCCUUGAGUGCAUUAGAAGUGGAUCUGUUAAUGAAAACCAUUGUGAGAAUCCGUAUGAAAUUGAACUAGAGGAAGAAAUGAAUGAGUUUACAUUAUCAGAAAUUCCCGAAACUUUACCCGAUGAGACGGAACAGACUCAGGUGAAUGGAGAUAAUGUUUGUCAAACUGAGCAAACUUCUUCAAAUGUCAUGGAACCACAAAACGACCAAAUUUGCCUCACCGUCCAACCAGAUAGAAUACUUUGUGGGACUCAUGUGAAUAUUUAUAUAAUCAUGGCAAAGAAAAUUGUGGAUGAGGGCAGACUGGAGGUGGAGUUUCACUCUCAGUACUCGAUACCUCAGCGGGUGCCUGGGACUCUUGUGAACGAGUACAUUGUUACUGUACAGUCACCUGAUAUGCCAGCUGGGAAAGUUUCAUUGACUCUUUAUAAAAAUGAAUCUGUGGUAUAUUCAGCAACUCUAACAUAUUACACAGAAAUGGAGGAAAUUUGCAGGUAUCUAAAGAAAGCAAUGGAUCCAAUGCAGUUCAUGUGUCAGGCAUUUGAUAUCACAUCAAAGGUGACAGAGUCAUUGGAUAAUUUACUUGCCAAUUCUCUGGAGGAACGGAUGCCUCUAAAUGGAUUACAAGUAUUUGGGAUCAGUCAAAUUGCAGAUAACACCCCAGCCAAUCACCGUAAUGUGGAACUUCCAACGCUGCUUCACUUCUCAGCCAAGUAUGGCUUAAAAAAGUUAACAUCUUUAUUAAUGCGGUGCCCUGGAGCCAUGCAGGCCUACAGCGUGAUGAACAAAGAUGGGGAUUACCCGAACAAUCUGGCCGAGAAGAGUGGCUUCUCUAACUUAAGACAGUUUAUGGAUGAAUAUGUGGAGACGGUAGAUUUAGGGAAUAUUGAAGAAUCUCAGAACACCUCUGGCACCGAGGAAAUCUAUGAGGAUAUGUUUAAGGCUUCCCAAGAUUUCAUCACAAAUUUCGAGAAUGAGGACAUUUACGAGUCUAUGAGGCAACUAAAUCCUGAGAUAGAUGAUGACUUAGAAAAUGCUCUGGAGGACUCUAACUCUGAGACAAUACUGAGAAAGUUUUUUGAAGCACAACCCGACAAGAGUUUACAGUCCUUGGAACAUACUUCAACCAAUGGUCAAUUACCUGAAAUGGAUGAUGAAGACUACCAUGACCUCCAUGCAGAUAUCUAUGGAGAUAUAGAAGAGGACCCAUAUAACCCAUGCUCCCCUGAUGAAAUUUAUGACACAGUGGAGCCACAAUCCACCCCCGAAAUAAUCAACCGCCCACCUGCGCCGAUUCCACGACCAGCCAACCUACCAGAGGCUGAAGAGAACACAACCUACAUAUCCAAAGUGUUUUGUGUCAAGGAACCUGUAUAUUCACUCAGUCAUCGGCCAGAAAGAGUUUCCUCUUUAGAACCUGUACGGCUGGUGAGGGACAGAGACAUGAGCAGUAACCACGACCCCUUUGCAGGCAUGAAGACCCCAGGUCAGAGGCAGCUCAUCUCUCUACAGGAGAGGGUGAAGGUGGGUGAGCUGACUGUGGAAGAGGCGGUGCAGGAGUUCAAGGCUUGGCAGUUUGAUCAAGAUAAAAGAUGGCGCUCUCUCCGCUUCCAGCAGGAAAAUUUACAACGAUUAAGAGACAGCAUUACUCGACGCUGUAAAGGCAAAGGGACAAAUGAGCUUAUGAUUACAGCGCCAAUGCAAACAAACGUUCAGUGGGGUUCUCAAAUGAACGUGAAUUGCUCAGUGUACGAGCCCACGCCUCGUUCGAUUGCCCAACCCCCUCCUGUUAGUAGACCGCUGCAGAGAGGAAGCUGGCAGACAGGAAGUACCUCCAGCACUUCUAGUUUGACCUGUGCAGGUAGUAGCAGUCACAGAUUAAGCAUUCAGAGCACUGUCAGCAACAGCAGUGGGGUGGAAGGUGAAUGUGAGGAGCCUCCGGACAUUCCACUUCCUCCACGGCCUCUCCGGCCUGUAGUGGAUACUCCACCAGUACUCCCUCCACCCAGGGUCCCACCGCGUGUAAUAGAGAGGACUCAGGAGAUGUCAAAUGAGCGAUAUGUACCGACUCCAGCCCGCCCUGUUCAUCAGACGCCUGCGCAAAGGCCCAUACCACCUCCACCUAUACCGAGACGCACGUGGUGAUGGCCUUCAACAUGGCUUUCGUUCUGUUUGACUCUGCACUUUUAAGCCUUUGAGAUCUGUAAUUCUCUUCAAGGUGAAACAAAAGCUACUCUCUGUGUCUGACUUUGAAGACCCUGUCAGUCAAUGACCUAACAGAGGUUUUGUGUGAAGGCGCCUUUUAAGGAAAUUUGUUUGCCAUUUAUGUUUUUUACCAACUGCCAUCUGGGUAGCAAACAGGAUAUUAUGCAAACAUCAGUUUCAGAAGCUAUCUUAUCUUUUCUAUAAGACCUGUGGUUUCAGACACAAACAUUGGAUCACUAUCCAGUGUUCGUUAAGUGUUUUGAUCUAGACUCAACUUGCAAUGCAAACAAUCACUUUAGUUCAUAUGUAUUAAAUUAUAAAUCUUCAGCUGAAGAUAUGCAAUAUCUUUGAGGGGUUUUUCAUAUGGUCACUUGUUUGCAAUAUAGCCAUUCGGUUUGUGCUUUCUGAGUGUCGUUAGUGGCAAAUAGUAAAUUCAAGAACUUGCCUACAUAUGUUUUAAUCUGAACUUUUUUCUGUUUAAAAUGUAGUUUGUGUUGGCUGUGUUUGUCAUGAGAUGAUGAGAUUUAAAGUUGAACAGUUUUCUGUAUUUUACAAAUAUUUAUUGGUGUAUUCACUUUUUAUUGCUGGCAAUAAUAUACAUCACCCAAAGAAAAGCAAAGAAAUUAUGUAUUUAACAGCAUAAAAGUGUGAGUGCACAGUGUGAAGAAAGCAGUUUGUGUGUAUUUGUUUGAGUGUGUGUUCAUGUUUGUUAGACCAUGAAGAUAAACCUGAUUAAAGUUGUGAUAAAAUGAAA